AUAUGUGCGGUUCAGACGACCAGCGUGGGGCGGAUCCAACUUUGGCGGCGGAAGGCGGGUAGAAAGGCGGCUGGGUCGCGAUUUCGCGUUCGAGGAGUCCGGCUCUUUAUCAUCAAUCAAACCGAAGCCGAGCUCGCAUCAAUUCCACCCCCACACAGAUCAUUAAUCACACGGGGGUUGCAGCUAAGCUUCUUCGCCCGCCACCACCACUCGGAUCCACAGUUCGGACUCAGAGGAGGCGCGCGCGGGCGGCGGAGCGGGGGCCGGAGGCGAUGGCGCACGUCCCCGCCUCCGUGGAGGACGCGCGGCUUAUUAUUGAUUCACUACGUGAAGAUCCCCUAUAUGGUCAACAACUGCCGCCGGUGUCUGAUAGUAUAAAUGAAAAUGCAUGCCAGCUCUGCAAACAGGAAAAACUCACUUUUGAACCCCCACCAAUGUAUUGCUUCCCUUGUGGUGCUCGGAUAAGGCGAAAUGGACCAUACUAUGCUUAUGAUACUCGUGAUACCCACCACUCUGUCUGCAUUCCAUGUUACAAUAAGUCCCGUGGUCACACCAUUGAGGUUGAAGGACAGAUGUUUCCGAAGGCCCGAUUUCAGAAAAAAAGAAAUGAUGAGGAAACUGAAGAAUGUUGGGUUAAUUGUGAAAGAUGUAAUUGCUGGCAGCAUCAGAUAUGUGCUCUGUUUAAUGACAUAAACUAUGAUGUAAAACAAGCAUAUACUUGCCUGUAUUGCUAUAUUGAGGAAGUGAAGCGUGGGCUGCACGUGCCUUCACCACAGAGUGCUGUUCUUGGGGCAAGUGAUCUGCCAAGAACUGCUCUUAGCGAUCAUAUUGAAGAGCGGCUUUUUAAACGGCUUAAGCUGGAGAGACAGGCUCGUGCAGUUCAGUCAGGACGUAGUUUUGAUGAGGUUGCUGGAGCAGAUGGUCUUGUGGUCAGAGUUGUUUCAUCAGUGGAUAAGAAGGUUGGAGUUAAACCACGUUUUUUGGAAACUUUUCAAGAAGAUAAUUACCCGACGGAAUUCCCUUACAAGUCCAAGGCUGUUCUUUUGUUCCAGAAAAUAGAUGGUGUAGAAGUCUGCUUAUUUGGAAUGUAUGUUCAAGAAUUUGGUGCUGAAUGCGCUUUCCCGAACCAACGUCGUGUUUACUUGUCAUACCUGGAUUCUGUGAAAUACUUAAGACCUGGGAUUAAAGCAGCCACUGGAGAGGCCUUGUGUACAUUCGUCUACCAUGAAAUUCUGAUAGGAUAUCUUGAAUACUGCAAGCAGCGUGGAUUCACAAGCUGUUAUAUAUGGGCUCGCCCACCUCUGGAAGGUGAUAAUAUUUUUUAUUGCAAUCCUACGAUUCAGACGACUCGAACAUCUGACAAACUCCGGGAGUGGUGCUUAGCCAUGAUUCGAAAAGCUACUAAGGAGGAGAUUGUUGUUGAGCUUACAAAUCUGUAUGACCAUUUCUUCAUUACUACGGGAGAGUGCAAGGCUAAAGUUACUGCUUCUCGUUUGCCUUACUUCGAUGGAGAUUACUGGCCAGGAGUUGCCGAAGAUAUGGUCAAUCAACUGCAUCAAGAAGAAGAUGACCAAAAGCUUCAGAAAAAGGGUAAUGCAAAGAAAAUUAUUAGAAAAAGAGCUCUUGAAGCUGCUGGCCACACUGAUCUAAGUGGGAACGCUUCCGAGGAUGAUAUGCUGAUGCAAAAGCUUGGGGAAACCAUUUAUCCAAUGAAGGAGGAUUUCAUUAUGGUCCAUUUGCAGUAUUCUUGUAGCAACUGUCGUAGCUUUAUGUCGUCUGGAAAACGUUGGGCUUGUCAUCAAUGCAGAAGUUUUUACAUCUGUGACAAGUGCUACAGCGCAGAACAAGAGCUUGAAGAGAGGGAGAGGCAUCCGAGCAAUAGUAGAGAAACUCAUGAGCUCCAUCCGGUUGACAUUGUGGGUGUGCCUGAAGAGACAAAGGACGGAGACGGUAUCAUAGAAAGCAAGUUUUUCGACACCAGGCACGCGUUUCUCAGUCUUUGUCAAGAGAACCAUUACCAAUUUGACACCCUUCGCCGUGCCAAGCAUUCGUCGAUGAUGGUGUUGUACCGCCUACAUAAUCCCACUGUAGUCUAAUGGUGCUGUGUAGUUACUCCCGUCCAUAGGGGUAUAUAUAUCUACAUAUAUAUGUCAGGACCGGCCCUGACGUUCCACUUAUGAAGCAGGCCGAGAAACGGUAGUGACUGUUUUACCGAAUUCAUCGAUCUUUGCUCCACGGAGAAAGCUGUGACUUUUAUACCGAAUCUCAACUGAACAAGAGGCGAUUGAGGAGUGUGUUGAUGUUGCUGGAUA